CGCAAAUAAAUUUCUGAACCGGUAGAUCGCUUCUAUUUUUAGUAAUGUACUACGUUUAUUCUUUCUUACAUGGUAUUAAAAUUAUAUUUGAGGAAACACGGCAUGAUUGUAUCAUGCUGAACUGAAUAAGUUAAAUGCAACAUUAGAAAAUCUCAGUUGUCAAAUGGUCGGAAGUCUGAUUUGGAUAGUAAUAACGGCAACAAUAUGGAUCCUACAGUAUUGGCUCUACGAAACAGAAAGACGCAAAUGAGGCAACCUAAAAAGUUUACGAGGAUUUGUUACAUCCCAUAAACAGUAAGAUCAAGCUAAGUUUUUUUUUUUCUAGCAAGAAUUUUUUGUCAUUAAAAUCUAGGCAAGAGAGGGCAGUUAAAGUAACUACUGUCUUUUUAAUGUAGUAUAAUGUCGUCGUCUGCUCACUUAAUUUCUGCAAGCUUGCUAGAGACGAGAGGAUUGUAAGAUUGCCGGUCUCAGCCGUUGCUAUGAGAGGAUCGGUGGACAAAUGAAUUUGAUGGGGAAGAUGAAUGGCUGAGAGCAGAGCCUUGGAUCCAUCUUGAAACAUUCGAGUAGGCAGUUUAAUAGUCUCAUACCAAAUGGCAAAAGCUUCAGAUCACGAAAAAAUGGAUCGAAGUCGAAUGAGCAAUCUGUUUCAGCUCAUUGACAAGUCGCUCACCCGCCUGGCCAAGAAAGCUUCAUCAGAUGAUAUCAACCAAGUGCGAUAUGCAUCAUCUAAACUCCUUCAGAUGCUGAGUACUCAAGAAAAACCACAUAGGGAAUUCAUAUUCAAACAAACUGGAUUAUUGGAAACACUUGUCAGUGUGCUGCAGCAAGUUACAGACGAUCAAGUACUUCUUAACACCUUAAGCAUUUUUAGUGAACUGCUGGGAAAGACACCUGGAAGCAAGCGUGCUUUAGUGAUGGUGAACCAUAGUGUGACAACGGUAUUGUUUGGGUUGCUCAAACAGUCAGCAAGUCAAGAGAUCUUGCUGUCUGAUGAAAUUCUCCUCCAAAUACACUCCAUUCUUGCCAAAAUAGGGCCAAAAGAUCGCAAGUUUCCUGUCAAGGCUAGAUUACAUCGUUCACUUCUCUUGACGCUGAAUCUUAUGAAGAACAACAGUUGUAACUUCCGCUUUCUGCUGCCUCUCCUUCAAGUCAUGAAACUUUACACUGCCAACUCAGUGAAUGCGUCCUAUCUAGGAAAACACAAUGCCAUUGGGGUCAUGUUCCGUGUUAUAAGCCUCUGUGGACGGAAAAAUCUCACGUCUUUAAAGUUAGCAGUAGAAAACCUCUACAACAUGACCAAAUCCAAGAGCAAUUCAGCACGACUUAUCGGAUUGAGUGGGGUUCCUCUGCUGUUAACACAGCACACUGAGUGGCACCAGGCUGACAGCAAAAACAGAAACUUGACCACACGCAAGGGUAUCCUCAACAUUCUUAAAAACAUCACAAAUCUCAGGUCUGGCAGGCAGGCAUUUUUAGAAGCUGAUGGAGUCCGUAUUCUCUACAAUACUUCACAGGAAGCAAGCGAGUGCAGAGAAGUGGAAAGUCUGGUCAUGCUGGCAUCUCUCAUUAUGCGCAAGUGCUGCCCCCGCAACCGCCUGCCGCUUGACAACAUGCUAAGUACCGUCACCUUUUCCUUGCCACCAUCUGACCAACAUGUUCCUGAUUGCUAUCUUCUGCCAGAGUUCCAAACUACAUUGGCCUUUACAAGUUCUCAGAGUAAUGAUGAUAGCGAUCACAGUUCACUUGAUGACGAUGAUGAUGUUGAUAGUGAUGAUGAACGCUUUAGAACAGACAACCAGGAAGAGCAGUCAGAGGAUGAACAGGUGGAUGUGUUGGAGGCACCUGAAAUCCGAUCCUUUGAUGAGCUGCGCAUGUAUGACAAGUUCUUCCCAGAGUUGUUUGAAUUUGAGAAAAACCUUUCUAAUCUGGAACAAGAUGCUUCAUCGAUGCAUCUGAGCCAGUCUGACAGAUCACUGUUCAGUCUUGGUGAAGACAAGAGCCAGCAAUCUCGCAGUUUUGAUGGUUACAGCUGCACAGAUAGUGAAUCCUCUUUAGGCAUUGAGGGUAAUCAGCGAAGAUCCCUCAUGGCCAUGGAUCACGGAGUUGUAUCAGCCAUAAACAUCAAGACAGGUUCCAGUAUCUUUAGCUUAGAGUUCCCUUCCCCAGGAACUGUUUCAAAUCCUGCCUCUUCUUUAAGAAGCAAACCAUCCUCCAAGUUAUCUGUUUCAAAAAGUACAGGAUUGAAAAAGACCAAGUCAGUUUCUAAAAAAGCACCACAGAUAAAAGACAGAAAGAUAAGGAAGACUUCAUCUUUGAAAGAUUUGGAAGAUUUAACUACAGGAGCUUUGUGCAUUUCCUCCUUGUCAAUACAUCAUGAUGUACACGAUGAGACAGAGCAGGGUGUGAUAUCCAGCAGAGAUGACCCUGAAGAGGACAUGGCAGAAUUUGUUCAUGAUCCGCAGAUCUAUGCAACAUUGGCAGGUGACACACAAAGUGUAUAUCGUUUCACUAAGCUGGCAUACCCUGACCUGAAUGGCUCAAAAGGUACUGUAAUCCCCGAGCCCUUGUACUUCAGGAAGUUUGGCGUGCAGAGGAUCAAAGUGUUUGAAGAUAUUGAACGAAUGAUUCACCCAGAAUGUGUCAUCGAUAGAGUUGUGUAUGACAUGGAUGAUAUUGUGACAAGAGCUGGUUCAGCAUACAGCAGUGCCAAGUCCCACCUGACAAACAGAGAUGAACUGAGAGUGGGUGGGCUUGAGGGUACUCCUAGUGUGCUUCGAUUCAAUGCACAAUUUGAAAGUGGAAAUCUGAGAAAAGCUAUACAGAUUCGAGCAUAUGAGUAUGAUCUUAUACUGAACCCUGAUAUCAACACUAAUCACCAUCACCAGUGGUUCUACUUUGAAGUCAGCAACAUGGAUGCACACUGUAGCUACCGUUUCAAUAUUGUCAACUGUGAAAAAAUGAACAGCCAGUUCAACUUUGGUAUGCAGCCAGUAAUGUUUUCUGUGAUUGAGGCCAUUCAGGGCCGCCCAAGAUGGGUGAGAACUGGCACAGACAUCUGUUAUUACCGCAACCACUUUCUUCGGGCACCACAAACCACAGGUGGUGUGAAGGGCAAGGCAUACUACACAGCCACUUUCACUGUGUGUUUUGAGCAUCAGUACGAUGUUUGCUAUCUUGCAUACCACUACCCUUACACAUAUACUGCUCUCAAGACACAUCUAUGUCAGUGGGAAGGACAGGUAGAUCACAGCCAGGUAUUCUUCCGCCACCACACAUUGUGUGAGACACUUGGUGGCAAUGCUGUACCUUUGUUAACAAUCACAUCUCAGCCACACAGCAGACUAAAGGAAGACUUAGAGGAAUUUUGGAGUAGGCCAUAUAUUUUUCUAACUGGCCGUGUGCAUCCUGGAGAGAGCAACUCUAGCUGGGUCAUGAAAGGUACAAUUGACUUCCUCAUGAGCAGCAAGGCUGCAGCACAACAGCUUCGUGAGAUGUACAUCUUCAAGAUUAUUCCUAUGCUUAAUCCAGAUGGUGUUAUCAAUGGAAACCAUCGCUGUUCAUUAGUGGCAGAAGACCUUAACAGGCGGUGGAAUAAGCCAUGUCCACAAUUGCAUCCCACCAUCUACCAUGCAAAGGGUUUGCUUCAGUAUCUGAGCUCUAUCAGCAAAGUCCCACUGGUGUUUUGUGAUUAUCAUGGCCACUCUCGACGCAAGAACAUUUUCAUGUAUGGAUGCAGCCCUCAGUCGUCGUGGUUGCCAAAUGACACACAAAAUCCUGCUUGCAGUGGCAUCAGGACUGAGGACAGUGGUUUUAAGACUCUGCCACGCUUGCUGCACAUGAGUAGUGCACUUUUCUGCCUGCAAAACUGUAGUUUCUUGGUGGAGCGUGCCAAGGAGUCCACGGCCCGUGUAGUAGUCUGGCGACAGAUCAAUGUUGUUCGCAGCUACACUAUGGAGAGCAGUUACUGUGGUUGCGAUCAGGGACGAUACAAGGACCAGCACAUUAACACUCACAUGCUGGAGGAAAUGGGUCAUAAAUUUUGUGAGUGUCUCAUACCACUGGCCAAGACAUGCUCAGGUUUUAAUCAGCAGUUACCAGAUAUUGGUCCAUCUUGUGACCUAAGUGUUCUUGAAGGAUUGGAUGAUACACCUUCUGAGUCAUAUCUCAAGUCACACAUCUCCAGGGUGAAUGAUGAGGCUGAUCUAAUGUCAGAAAGUGACGACAUGGAGCAGCUGGUUGAUGAUGAAGACAAUUAUGAUGAAGAUGAAUAUGCCCUGUAAACCCAUUUCAGAGAAGGUUGGAAAGCAAUUGCAUUAUUUAUUUACAUAGUGAUCAGUACAAAGAAGUGACCAGAAAUAGUGAAAUUCUGUCACUCUGUAAAGCUACCUUUGAAACCUUCUAAACAAAUAAAAGUUCUGUCAUUUGUCAUCUGGUGUUACUCCUUGUAUAACAUUCUUACCAGAUGAUAAUCUGAACAGCUUGCAACAGAUCUGCAAUACUUCAUAGUGGUGGUCAAAUGGAUUAGGCAUGUGAAAGAAAUUUAAUGUUUUUGAAUACUUUUCUUCGAAAUUAUCUCACCAAAGUACACAGCUGAACAAUUAUGUGAUCCUUGAAAUCAGUUCAGGUUUAAUUUUUUUUAUAAGAUGUAGCUGUUUUUGUCAGGAUAUGCAUAGUUACUUUGUGUGUGUAUUUAUUUAUGAUGUUUUGUGCCAAGAUGUGGAGGAUCUUUUUAUUGUAAAAACUGUUGUGAUAAUUUUUUCUUAUAUUUCCUUAUAUAUUUGAUUUUUCUGCCACAGUGGCAGACUGCAGUCUGGCUUUUUGUUGCUAUCUGACAUUCUUUCAUCAUUGACAAGUGUCACAUUUUGAGUGUCUUACAUGAAAAAAAUUACAAAAAAAAAGCUGUUUCUUGUUGUGAUGUCUUGCCAAGAAUGAUGCAGCUAAAAUUGCAUUAACCUUUUUGAACUGUGUGCAUGCCAGCCUUUCGGCAACACAACCUGGGGCUUCCUUUCAAGUUUUACUGCUCUAGAAAAUGUAUUAAUUUGAAAACUGAUGAAAGAUUUACAAGAAGACUCCCAAAAAUGGAUUAAUUUAGCGCUUAGGUUUUCAUCUAGCAUAAAAACAUUAAACAAGGUCACAUGCUCAUCUUGCACCAUCAUUACUUCUGACUUCUUGACUGCAAAACUGAAGAAGAUUUAAAAUGGAAAAAUCAAGCAGUCUGAGACACCUGAAUAAAUUUACUUAAACUCAUGAUUACAUUUAAAUGACACAAAUGAUUAAAUAAGCAGUAAUACAGCACUGAUAGUAAUUGACCUGCAGGGUAAUCCUGCUAGUUAGGCCUAAAAUUGGCCUUAAAUGCAUAUCGUCUUCUCUUGAAGGCUGGUUUUUUUUUACUCACUGUGUGUGAGAGAAAAUGCGGACUCUUUAUUAAUAUCUGGCCAUUACUGUCAAGCCUCAUUUCAUCACAUCUACACCCAUGCACUUACUCUCAUUCACCUCUCCACAUACAUACUCAUAUGCAUGCAGGUUUUAAAAUUAUUACAUUGGAUUCAAUGAUUAUUCUGUUUCCCACAUCCUGUGCUAUUAUAGACAGUAGAUAAUUGUUUGAUAAUUUAGUAGUCAUUCUAACCCUCCUUAAACUAAAACACUUUAGGAAGAACAGAGCAAGUUGCUUGGUAUUGCUAGAUGUUUUACUUCAUCAUUUUGAUAAGAAGUUCAUUUUUACUAUACGGUGGUAUGUUUUGAAGAAAAAUAGCACAGAUAUCGCUGUACUGUGGACAGUAAAACAAGAGGUGGGCAUUUGUUUAAAAUACGAGUGUUCUGAUUAUUCUAGAUAAAGCAGUUCUUGUGAAUAGAUGGUACAUGGUGAAUGUGUAUAUGCUAGUGUCAGUGGAGAACAGGGCCACCGUGAGCCAGCAAGAGCUCCUGGGUAGAUGAUCUUUCCAGGCCCCAAGGUAGAUAAUCUCUCUGAGCCCCUUGUAAUUCUAAUGUUAAAGCAUUUUCCCAGGAUACAAUAAUAUGCUUACAAUUCGAUUGUCAAUAUCUACAUUUCAUUCAGUAUCAUAAUAUAGACUGUGAACAUUAGGACAAGUGCACUAGGAUCUUCAUCAUUAUUUCAUCAUAGAGUUGUUUACAAGUGAGUGGCUAGUAAACGAAGAAACAUGACAUUAAAAUAUCAAAGUUGUAGUACUCCGCUCUAGAAAAAUCCCCAAAGGGAGGAAUGUUACGUCAACUUUUCUUUAAAAAAAAAGGAAAAGAAGAAGGAAAAAAUCCACUAACCACAGGCCCGGGUACAUCAGACCCACUAUCAACCCCUCUCAUCAGGCCUGGUCAGGAAUCCUGAAUAUGAAUUAGACCUAAAUAACCUGGUAUGAGAGUUAAUUGCAGAGUAAACUAUUUUAGUAAUAUGAACUUUUUAUAAAAAGAUCAAAAAAAAAAAAUAAUGAGAAGCAGAAAGUACAACUCCCCUUUUUAUAUGGUAUGUGAGAGGUAGUGCUCAAGCUUAUGCUACCAUAGAGAUCAAAGUAUUUAAUAUAAUCCUGAUGGAUGGUGCAUUGCAUUGUUCAAAUAAUAAUAAAUGCAAAAUUUUUAUAGCGCAUACUCACACUCCUUGUUGCGGCCCUAUGCUCCUCAAGGAUUAACAAGGACCAAACUAUACUCACACUCCUAAGGAGCCUUCUCUGCACUUAAAAGAGACAUAGUCAAUAUAUGAGGGACAGAAGAACAAAUAACAUGGAAGGAUAAACAACAGUACCGAUAAUGAAUAAAGACAAUUACAGAAAAUGCAAAGAGGAACCAAAUAACAAGAACAGAGUAUCAUGAUUUUGCGAAAAGGAAGAUCAGCAGGGAAGUAACUAUAAGCAGAAAUAGGGGUAAAGGGUGUGAAAAAAGACUAGCAUUAUGGGAACUGGUGUUAGGAGUAAUGUUUAUGGAAGAGGUGCAUUUUCAGUGCACAUUUAAAGGAUUCAAUAGUGGGUAGAAGUGCAAACAUGGAAAGGGAGAGAGUUCCAUGUUUUGCUGCACAGUAAAAAUCCUAAAAAUAGGGCUUCUUUCUUUUGAAAAACUUGCAUGAUUUCAAAACAUUGCUGCACUGUGAAUAUAUUAAUGAUUCCUUGUACUUGGCAUCUUACCUCAUAAAAUAUCAUUCCACAAUGAGGUGGACCAAAGUUCUGUUUAAAUGCAGAGUAAUAUGAUCAGGAAAAAGAGAUUGCGCUAGAAAUUAACUUGUUAGCUCCACAGGAACAUAUCUCAUGACUAAGAUUAAAAAUUUUUUGUAUUUGUGUCUUUCAUGCAUUUGGUAAUAUCUGUGGGGGGGGGGGGGCGGAAGGCUUUGUAACAAAGGUUUGAAAGGUGCACAUGAUCCUAAUUAAUGGAGAAAACAUAUCACAGACAUGUUUUUUUAUUUGUGGAGUUAUACAAAUAUUUGUUGUAGUAAAUACAGUAGAUAAAAAUUAAAACGGGAAUGUGCGGAUACAUAUGGUGCCCCAGAGCAAUCAUAAAACAUGUAAGGUCUCUGUAUGCUUUUGGAUAUAAUCAACUACUGGCAAUUCCAUUUAUUUUUAACUUAAAUAAGCUUUUUUUAAUUGUUUAAAAAAAUAUAUAUCUGACUCUGGCAACUUUAACAUGGCCCUUUUGUCAAGGUUACCAACAGGGAGAGGCAUCAUUACUGGCACAAUGGCAAAUUUAAUCUGAAUAGAUCUAGAAAGAAAUUUCCAAGAAACUGGUUUCUUUAAAUUUGUUUUAUUAUUUUUUUGUCAGAGAAGGGUAUUGCUAUAAUCUUUAUCAUUAAAUAUGAGAGCCACAGCCUAAAGAAGUGACCUUUUGCAUCCUGGGUAGUGCCUGUUUUAAGCCCCUAGAAAACUAGUGAUUAAUGUAACUGAUUGACUUACAGUGAUGGGUAUGUAAAAGCUGGUGGCACCCUUGAACAUGCAAUGUGUAGAUGGUACUGCCAUUGUGGGCAGCAUGCAAUAUUCAGUACACAACAUUUUUUAGGGUAUCAUUCUGGAUGCUGAAGAAACUCACAGCUUUGUUAAGCACUUUAUCAGAAAAACGUUGAAAAAGGGUUGCUUUGUUAGAAAAAGUUUGUAAUAUGUAUUUUUGGAUCUAUGUGUGUAGACAUUGUUGGAGUGAUAUUUGCUGUAACUGAAAGUAAAAUUUCAAAGCAUCAUUAGGAAAAAUGAUUUGGAAAUAAGUAUUGCGUUGGCGGGAAAAAUUGCAUGUAAUGGCCUUGACAUUUUUUGCAAUAUUUUUGAUGACAUGCAGAGGAACAUAUUUUAAUGGUGCUUAAUAUUUUAGAAAAACGUGUAAUUUGGUGUGCCUUUGGUUUGAGAAAUGGCUUGUGUCAACCAUUGCUGAGAAAAUUGCACUGUGGAUUAAACAAUCUUAAUUAUGAAUUAACAUUUUAAAUUUUCCUGUCAGAAUGACAAGACUUUCAUAGCAUAUCCUGUUUUGUCUACAUCAUGCCAAAUAUUGAAAUUUGCAGCUAUUCAUGCCAAGGCAAUGCAAGGCUAUAUGUUGUAAAUACAUGUUGGCAAUGUAUGCUGCCUAAGGGACAUCUGCAAAUGCUAGAAAGUCCUUUGCCAUAGGUAAUGGUUUAUGCCUUAUCUGGACACUACACUCAACAGUGUGUCUUCUUUGGGCAUUCUAGUGUUGUGAAUGUUUCGGAGCUAAGCUAUACCUAUGUUUUGUUUUGACUGGUUUGCACAUGUUUGCAGAAAAAAACAAGGCAUUCAAGAUAAAAAGAUUUUAUUUUACUGUUUUUUAUUUAUGAAAGGGUUACUGAAUAUCUAUUGAUUCUUUCAACAUAAAACAGUCACACAUUUAAAUGUAUUUAUGAUUAUGUUUGAUGUUUUUGAGUGCGUGAAUUUGUCUUUUGCAGAAAUGUAUUCCUUUGGUCCAUCCUUCUGUUCCCUCUAUCUGACUUGUAUCAGCAUUGUUCAGAGUUCACAGACCUCAAAGCAUUAUAUAGUAUUAGUUCUGAGAAAUCCAUGGGGCCAAAAGGGAAAACACUGCCAUUGUAAAAACACAUUUGAUGUAUGGGAUGCCAGUCAAGCAAAACCAGUUUUAAAAUGGCGCAAAAUUUUUUUUUUAUUUUAAAUUGCCUAGAAUUUUUUUCUUAUUAAAACCUGAUUUUUUUAAGUUGCUAGAAAAAAGCUUUUAAAAAUAUAAAGAUAUAUUGAAGGUAAUGCUAAACCCACACAAAUGCAGGGCAAUUUUGAAAAAAAAAAAAAAAACAGUGUAAAAUUAUGACAAUUUUUUUUCUACUUGAUAGUGUAGUACAUGUUUGUGUAAACAAAAUGGAUGUGUGUAAUUGUUCAUUUCCUUCUUUCUGCUGAAAUAGUAAAAUAUAUUGAGGUUUUAUUUUUUAGAAAUGUCAUUGUCCAGACUUUGCAUGCCUCUUUGCUUAAGGAAUUUGCAAAGAAUUAGAACUUGUGACACAGAAUCAGGGAUGAUGACAUUGAAUGAUGGUGAAGGUAACUAGAUCUGUCUUUUUUUAUUAAUCUUGCAGUGUUAUUAGUGUACUUGUAAUGUUAUUUGCCUGAAACUGGUGAGCUUUAAAAAUUUAUUGUAACCUGGAUUUCAAAAACAAAUUUUUCAGGGGUUUUUUUUUUCCUUGUAAAUUUUUUGUUGUGUUUUCUAAAAUAAAAAAGCUCAGUCUGCCUGUAAUGCUGAUUACUAAACUACUGCUCUAAUCAGUUAUUGGAAGUUUUCCACUGGAGAAGACCCGAACCUUCAAAUUUGGUGGUUAUGCCAAAUGAUGACAACUAUUAUUAAUAGCAAAGUUCUGCUUGUGAAUGUUAGAGAUUAGCCUUGGGAGCUUUUUUGCUCAGAGGAAACUGUCAUUUGAACUAUCGGAAACUUAAGUGAGUUUUAUUUGAAACUGCUUUUUUAUUUUGUAGCACUUUUAAAAUAUACAGCUCACAGACAAUGUUUACACUUGUGUCUUGUGUAUAUGCAAAAAGUUACAGGUGUGGUGGCUCAUGUUGGUGUUUAUGGUGGCGUGUCUACAAAACGGUCCAUCUAUGAUGUCAUGAUUGUUCAUGGAUAUGCCUCAUUAACAUACAUUCUAAUUGCCCUACUAACCGUAGUCGUGACAAUAAAGUGUAUCCAUGUA